UGAGCCGCGGGCGCGCUGGGGCGAUGGGGGCCGCGGCGGCCGAGGCGGACCGGACCCUCUUCGUGGGCAACCUGGACUCGCGCGUCACGGAGGAGCUGCUCUUCGAGCUCUUCCACCAGGCAGGCCCGGUCAUUAAAGUAAAGAUCCCAAAGGACAGGGAUGGGAAACCAAAGUUGUUUGCAUUUGUGAAUUUCAAACACGAAGAGUCUGUUCCGUAUGGCAUGAGUCUGCUUAAUGGGAUCAAACUUUUUGGGAGACCUCUCAAAAUUCAGUUCCGAUCAGGGAGUAGUCAUGCUUCUCAAGAUGGCAGUUCACCUUAUUCGCAGCAUGGGUCUGCUAAUGGAAGCCCCUCUGGUGUGUUGCAGUCCCCGUCCAGUUGUAACAGGUACGAGAGGAACGUGGAUAACGUGCCAGCGGGGUUGCCCAGUGUGCAGAGGUCCUUCUCAUCUCCCGAUAACCUCCAGAGGCAAGCAGUGAUGAACAGUGUUUUGUGGCAGCCGUCGCAGUACAGCGGAAGACACAGCUCUCCACAUUCAGAGCCAUCUGGUUUCGCUUCACCGGGGCACCAGCCGAGUUAUUCGUUUAACCCUUCGUCAGCCUCACAAAUGCAGCGGCGUCCAGAGGUUGUAUCGGCACAGCGCAAGAACCGGGUCAGCUCCCAUCCCUAUCCAGCUGACAGUCGGCAUUACUGCCGGGAGCAGCGGCUUGGGGACUGUGGGUCAGAGCAUUAUUUCCGGGGUGUGCGGGAUGAGUAUUGCCAUGACGACAGGAACUAUGGAGGCUGGAGUCAUGACUAUGAUACUCGAAGGGAGAAUUGCAGAGAUGGAAAAUGGCGCCCUUCCCGUCACUAACCUAGUAUUCAGAGAGGAUUUUAAAUACCUUCCCUUGGGAAAAAUUGGGCUCCUAUUUCCUUUUCAGAAGUAGUUUUUUUAAAGACAGCUUGUAGACAGUAACUUUCAGGAGUUACCUUUUUAAAAUCAAUUUUUAUAAUAUCACCUGCAGUAUGGUCUUGGAGAGCAGUGGCUUUGUUUCAGUUGUAUUAACCUUCCCCUCAGGGUUUAGGCAAAUAAGGUGUGCCACACUUAAAAAGAAGACAAAUGAAAAAAGAGAAAGGAAUCAUUGUAGUUUUAUAUUAUGGGAAAAGAGUUCUGCCUGGUUGAUUACAUUAUAGAACUGAUUUGGGUAUUUUUGUAGCUCUCUAACAGUGUGCGCCUCUGUGGUGGUGCUGGAUAGCAAUCCUGUGACAGCGCCACAGAGCAAAAUGUUCCGUGGUGUGUUGAAAAGUUGGAGACAGUGUUUUGCUGCUGGAAGAAAAGGCUGCUUUUGAAUAUUUAUUGUAUUAAAGAACCAUUCGGCCUGCUCAGAGACGUGAGAGGGACGAAUUUAUUGGAUGACUUGAUCAUCUGCCCUGGAAGAUGUGUUAACUUUUCCACCUGCUUUCUUGGAGUCCUUUGACUUUUAAAUAAAACGAGCCUGCAGUAUCAGACAAGACUUUUUCAACUCUGUAAAUGGUUUUAAAAAUAUCUCAGGAAAAGAUUGGAUCCCUCUCUGUGUACCUUUUCUAUAUUUAAAAUAAAAGAACCUGUUUAUAUG